GAUUUCUCUUUUGAAUUGAAAAAAAAAGAAGAAGAAGAAAUCCCACACUGGGAAGAUUUCUAGUCCUGCCGUGGCUGCUACAAUUUCUCCUCUGUACAGACAAAAUAAUUAUUACUAUUACCAUAAUAAAACCAUACGCCAUAAAUAACCGUCCGUAUCCCUAACAUUUUGCCCCCUCUCUACUGCGACUAAACUUGUAUUCUAAUCUAAUCUUCUAUUCCUUGAUCUACGCUUUUUUCAAUUUUCUCCCACACUUUUCCUUUUUCUUUUUUUUUUUCUUACAAAGAAUUUGCUUUGCUGGAGAGCGAUUCCGAUUUUCUGCUUUUGUAUUGGGGAUUAAUUUGAAUUUUGUUGGGUGGGUAAUUGGUAAAAGGCCGGGGGAAGGGGUUCUUCUGAAUUGGAUCAUGACGAUUCCGGAUUCUGGGUAUAUGAUGGAGAACGGAUCCAUUGAAUUGCCGUGCACCCCUGAAGAGGAAAAGAGGAUUGUUCUCGAAUUAUCCCGACAAGCUGAAUCCAAUCUCCGUGAAGGCAAUGUUUAUUACGUUGUCUCCACUAGGUGGUACAAGGGCUGGCAAAAGUACACCGGGCAACCUGUUGGAGUUUUUACUUUUGAUGAACCUCCUACUGAAGCUCCAACAUCCAGUGCCGCAGACAGGCCUGGACCAAUAGAUAAUAGUGAUUUAGUGUUCAAUGGCAGUGACGGUGCUGACCCUCAGCUUCUUCGAACAGUGGAAGAAGGACGUCACUAUGUAUUAGUUCCAAAAGAUGUGUGGGAAAGGCUUUAUGCAUGGUACAAAGGGGGACCAGUACUAGCCAGGAAGAUGAUUUCCGCUGGAGAUAGUAAGCAGUUCCAUGUGGAGGUUUUUCCUCUCUGUCUUACCUUGGUUGAUGCUAGAGACAAUAGUCAAUCUGUUGUAAGGUUAAGUAAAAAGGCUUCUUUGCAUGAACUUUAUAAGACAGUAUGCCGCCUUAAAGGGGUAGAGUCAGAAAAGGCACGAAUCUGGGACUAUUUUAAUAAACAGAAGCAGACAGUUUUGGUCGUUUCAAACCAAACCUUGGAGGAAUCUAGCUUGCAGAUGGAUCAACAUAUUCUGCUUGAGGUGCAGAUUGAUGGAUUUUGGCCUUCAGGAUUUGGCAUGGAUUCAACAGGAAAUGACUUGGCUCUGGUUCCAGUUGAACCAUUAAGGUCAUCUGUUACAAUUGCAGGAGGUCCAACUUUAUCUAAUGGUUAUUCCAGUAGUUAUAGCUCCAGUAUAUACGGAGUGAUUAAUUUGAGCUCCACAAAUGGGGAUAUGGAGGAUGGAUAUGAGAGUUCAAGACCUAUGACCAGAGUGGAUAGAGGUGGAUUGGCAGGAUUGCAAAAUUUAGGGAAUACAUGCUUUAUGAACAGUGCUAUUCAAUGUUUGGUUCAUACACCACCCAUUUUUGAGUACUUCUUGGAAGACUACAGCAGCGAGAUCAACAGACAAAAUCCUUUAGGAAUGCAUGGUGAGCUUGCACUUGCUUUUGGUGAACUCUUGAGGAAACUAUGGUCUUCUGGGCGGACACCAGUUGCACCCCGAGCUUUCAAGACAAAACUUGCUCGUUUUGCUCCGCAGUUUAGUGGUUAUAACCAGCAUGAUUCACAGGAACUCCUUGCCUUUCUCCUUGAUGGGCUGCAUGAAGAUUUGAAUCGUGUAAAGCAAAAGCCAUACAUUGAGACGAAGGAUUCUGAUGGUCGUCCAGAUGAGGAGGUAGCCGAUGAAUAUUGGAGAUAUCACAAGGCUAGAAAUGACUCCAUCAUAGUUGAUGUUUGCCAGGGUCAAUAUAAGUCAACAUUGGUUUGCCCGGUUUGCAACAAGAUAUCAAUAACAUUUGACCCCUUCAUGUACUUGUCAUUGCCUCUUCCUUCAACAGCUACAAGAACAAUGACAGUUACAGUUUUUUAUGGCGAUGGGAUUGGCCUUCCAAUCCCCUAUACAGUCACUGUGCUAAAACAGGGCUGCUGUAAAGAUCUGAUUCAAGCUUUAGGUGCGGCUUGCUGCUUAAGGACUGAUGAAUAUCUGUUGCUUGCAGAGGUCUAUGAGCAUCGAAUAUAUAGAUACUUGGAAAAUCCUUCUGAAGUGCUGGGUACAAUUAAGGACGAUGAACAUAUUGUUGCAUUCAGACUCCCCAAGAAUGGUGCUGAAUUAACAAGACUGGAGAUAGCUCACCGAAUCGGAGAGAAUUUGCAUUUUUCCAGCGAUAAUCUGAGGGCUAGUGAGAGGAAGCUUUUCUUGACACCACUUAUUACUUUCUUGGAAGACCCUCAGUCUGGAGCAGAUAUUGAUCUCGCUGUACACCGAAUACUGUCUCCUCUACGAAAGAAAGGAUAUUCAUCAUCUAUUUCAAUUCGUAAUGGCCGGGAAUCAACCAAUGGCUGCAGUAGCCAGUUAGGACCCGGGACACAGUCUGCAGAGAACUGUGAAUCAGAAGAAAUGUCUAUCAAUUCUUUGUCAUUUCAUCUUUGUAUGAUGGAGGACGGUGGUUUAAGUCGCAGACGUAUUUCAAAGGAGACUGUAAUCAAAUUUGGUCGAGUUGUAAAAGUUAUGCUCGAUUGGACAGAGAGAGAGUUUGAUUUGUAUGAUGCCAGCUACCUCAAAGACCUGCCUGAGGUUCACAAGACUGGACUUACUGUGAAAAAGACAAAACAGGAAGCUAUUUCUUUGUUUUCGUGCCUUGAUGCCUUCUUAAAAGAGGAACCUUUGGGGCCUGACGAUAUGUGGUAUUGUCCACGCUGCAAGGAGCAUAGACAAGCCAGUAAGAAGUUGGAUUUGUGGAGGUUGCCCGAUAUAUUGGUUUUUCAUUUAAAAAGGUUUUCAUACAGCAGGUGGCUGAAGAACAAACUUGACACCUUUGUGAAUUUUCCCACCUGCAAUCUUGAUUUGAGCAAUUAUGUAAAAAGCAAUGAAGCAUCUGAAGGAUCUCAUGUCUACGAGCUAUAUGCCAUUAGUAACCAUUACGGUGGCCUAGGCGGGGGGCAUUAUUCUGCAUACUGCAAGUUAAUAGAUGACAACAGAUGGUAUCAUUUUGAUGAUGCUCAUGUUUCACCAGUCAGUGAAGAUGAGAUCAAGACGUCAGCUGCUUAUGUGUUGUUCUACCGAAGAGUAAGAGGUAAACCAAAUGGAGCAGUGGGUGAGCCAUCGCAUGGUUAUAGAGCUUUUUGAAGGCAGUUGUGGUGCUAAAAUUCUUUUGGGUAAUAGAGUAGUAUUCUUUAUGCAUUAUAUGAAUGUGGUUCUAUACUUGUGGUAAACCAUGCUUUGCUUCUGCGGAGUUGGGGGGAACAGAUGCUUUUGCAUGUUGGAUAGAAGGAAAACAUUAUGCAGCCAGAUGGAAUAGUGAAGUCUAAGUUGUAAGCUGUUGUACUUGUAAUAGUGGGGAAAUUUAGGACGGAGAACUGAUGAGUAAAAGUUGGCAGAGACCAGCAUAUUUGCUUUAGGUGAAGGACGUGUACUAUUUUUGAGGAAAAUUUUGGACGGUUGAUCGGGUUAUCAAGUGAGGCCUUUUUCGAUCGGCGGUAACUGGGUAGCUGGUUAUUCUUUUCUGUUUCUCUUCUUAUUUUUUUUUUUUGUAGAUUUUAUAAAUGUAAACCCCCCCUCUGGGACAUUGUCAUCCAUUCUUCAUGUUCUAACAUUUCAGCGUAGUGAGAUCCAUGUUCUAACAAUUUCAAUGUAAUAACUAAUGAAUGUGCGUGUUCAAGCUUUAACGCUGCAA